UUCUGGGCUGAGAGAUGAGAAACCGCGGAGCUUCCCAGCUGGGAUGUUGUGGCUAGACCGCGUUGGCUUAUCUGUACCGCUAGUGUUAGGCUCAGGAGACUGUGAGAAGCCGAGGGGGAGGUGAGGUGUGUCUGAAGCGUGUAGGCUCUGCGAUGAAGAAGAUUUUUGGCUUCAAAAGUAAGAAGGGCGAGUCGCCCUUUGGCUCCUCCACCAGCCCGCGGAGAGAGAGCGGUAAUCGGGUCAACUCCCGGCCCGAGUACCACAUCCGACACAAGGAUCUCGGGAAGGUCCACAAAGCUGCCAGCGUGGGCAACGUAGCCAAAGUGCAGCAGAUUCUGCUUGGGAAGAAUGGCUUGAACGACAGGGACAAGAUGAACAGGCUUUCCAACAAACCUGGUGUUGAUGAUUCAUGGCCUACAUCAGAUGAUGAAGACUUAGAUUUUGAUACCAAGAAUGUCCUGAAACCAAGCUUAACAAAGCUAAUGAGUGCUUCUCAGCAAUCCAAGAAAAACAUAGAAGCAAAAUGUGGCAUUGUGAGACCAGAAGAGAGAACCUUCUUUGAGCACAAUAGUUCUGAUAGUGGAAAUGAAGAUGUGGUCGAAACCUUUCCCAAACCAUCAAUCCAGGGCGUCUCUCAUCCUGCUUUCCCAUCACCUGAACCUCUCCCAAAACCUCUCAAGUCUUCAGCAGGCCUUGGUCUUACAAAGGAAGGAGCAACAAAUCCAGAAAUUGGAGAAAAAGAAAAUGAUACUGAUAUUGAAAGCGCUCCACAAGAGCAAACAGAUCAUAACAAUUUGACUUCUGUUGAUGGAGCUCAGAAGAAUAAUAGGAGUGAUAUGAUGUCAGCAUUAGGAUUAGGAGAAGAGGAAGGUAUAGAAUCGCCUUGGGAUUCUGAGAGUAUCUCUGAGAGUCUUCCACAGAAGUAUGGUGAUCAUUUAUCUGGAGCUGCAGGUCAAAGAGGAAAAAAUAUAUUAAAUGGACAAGUAGAAGAUGUGCCUUAUAUACCUUCUUGUAUGAGUGGAUCGAGAAACUUUAAGAUGACUAAACUAGAGGAUCCAAGAAAUGUAGGCAUACCAGUAGCCCACAUCGAUUCUCCUGAAAAAUAUCCUCACUUGAAGCCUGCAGUUGGAGUGAAAGAUUCUGUUCCUAAUAAAACAGUAGGAAUGAAGGAUUUACAAACAUCCAGAUCAGAUUUGUCAGCAGAACUAGACUUAGAAAUAACAUCGGAGGAAGCACAAGAAAGGCUUGAGGGAAGUGAAAAUAACCACUCACAGGUUGAAGAAGCAAAGAAGAAGCACAAAAGUAGUGAAAUGGAAGUAUCAGAAAACAUAUAUGAUGCUGAUGAUAGUGGAUUAAUUCAUCAGAGAAAGAGCAGAAAAACGAAUGACCAACAGUUUCCUACCAUGGAGAAUGAAGAUUCUGAUAGUAGCGGUCCUGGCGUGCACAUGAAGGAAGUAAAGAAAAAUGAACAUGAAACAUGGACAUCAAAAGAAUGUGUGAUUACACCAAUGUUUGAAAAGGCUGAUUCACUGAGUGGGGGUCUGCUACACAUGAAGGAUGACAGCAGUUUAAGUGGAGUAGAUCAGGAUGAUGGCAGGGCUACAAAGGAAACAUCUAAUGAAAAGAACAAGGUCAAAGAGCAAAUUAAUUCUAUGGAUGACCUUGAUGACUUAAGUCAGUCAUCUGAAACAGCUUUUGAGGAUUGCCAGAUGCUUUACUCUAAUUAUAAGAAUUCCAUGUUUCUAAUACAACAACUUGGCAUGGAGUGUAAAGCAGAUUCUGUUAGCUUAUUGAAAAUUCAGGAUGCAGUUCUUUCAUAUGAAAGAUUAAUAGAACUUAAAAAAAAUCACUGUGAACUACUUACAGGAAAAAAUAAAAAAAUGGAAAGUAAGGUUACUGGGCUACAAAAGGAGCUAUCAGAAACAAAAGAAAUGAAAUCACAGUUAGAGCAUCAAAAAGUGGAGUGGGGACAAGAGCUCUGCAGCUUGAGAUUCACCCUAAAACAAGAAGAAGAGAAGAGAAGAAAUGCUGACAUGUUAUAUGAAAAAAUUAGGGAGCAGUUAAGAAGAAAAGAAGAGCAAUACAGUAAAGAAGUUGAAAUGAAACAACAACUUGAACUCACUCUCAGAGCACUAGACAUGGAACUGAGGACAGUGAGAAAUAAUCUGAAUCAGGUUGUAGAAGAGCGAAAUGACGCUCAGAGGCAGCUUUCUCGAGAGCAGAAUGCCAGAAUUUUACAAGAUGGAAUCCUGACCAGUCACCUUGCCAAACAAAAGGAGAUAGAAAUGACUAAUAAGGAAAUGAAUUCUCAGGUGUCCGAUAGUCCUGAAAAAGAAAAAGAUCUGUUACAUAAAAACCACAUGUUGCAGGAUGAAGUUGCCAUGCUAAGACUGGAAAUAGACACAAUAAAAUGUCAGAACCAGGAAAAGGAAAAGAAAUAUUUUGAGGACAUUGAAAUUGUAAAAGAAAAGAAUGAUGAUCUUCAAAAGACAAUAAAACUGAAUGAGGAAACAUUAACAAAGACAAUAUUCCAAUAUACUGGACAGCUUAAUGUUCUGACAGCUGAGAAUACAAUGCUAAACUCUAAGCUGGAGAAUGAAAAGCAAAGCAAAGAAAGACUGGAAACAGAAGUGGAAUCCUACCGUUCUAGACUGGCUGCUGCCAUACAUGAUCACCAUCAAAGUCAGACAUCAAAAAGAGACCUGGAACUUGCCUUCCAGAGAGCAAGAGAUGAGUGGUUACGCUUGCAGGACAAAAUGAAUUUUGAUGUGUCUAACCUGAAUGAUAACAAUGAGAUGCUUUCCCAGCAACUUUCUAAAGCUGAAAGUAAAUUCAGCAGCCUAGAAACCAAGCUCCAUCACACGAGGGAUGCUCUCAGAGAAAAGACUUUGGUGUUAGAACGUGUACAGAGAGACCUAAGCCAAGCACAGUGUCAAAAGAAGGAACUUGAACACAUGUAUCAAAGCGAACAAGGCAAAGUGAAUAAAUACAUUGGAAAGCAGGAAUCCUUAGAAGAGAGAUUAUCUCAACUCCAGAGUGAAAACAUGUUGCUCAGACAGCAACUGGAUGAUGCGCAAAUCAAAGCCGACAGUAGAGAGAAGACAGUAAUUAACAUCCAAGACCAGUUUCAGGAGAUUGUGAAAAAACUUCAAGCUGAAAGUGAAAAACAAGGUCUGAUGCUGGAGGAAAGGAACAAGGAGUUAAUCAAUGAAUGUAAUCAUUUAAAAGAGAGAAUGUAUCAGUAUGAAAAUGAGAAAACAGAAAGAGAAGCACUUGUGAGACAACUUCAACAAGAACUGGCUGAUACCCUAAAAAAGCAAUCUAUGUCAGAGGCUUCACUGGAGGUCACGUCACGUUAUCGUACUAAUUUAGAAGAUGAGGCACAGGAUUUAAAGAAAAAAUUACGUCAAGUCACAAGUCAGUUGCAAGAAGCACAGGAUCGACGUACAGAGGCCAUGAGAUGUGCUGAGAAGACGCAGGAUCACAUCCAAAAGCUUGAAAUUGAAAAUGCCGAGUUAAAAGCUACAGUCAAAAAGCAAGUGGACAAAAUUGAAGAGCUUCAGAAAAACCUGUUAAGUACAAGUUCAGGUGAAAAGGAGCAAUUAAAGGAAUAUAUUGAGUUAAAACAGUCUCUGGAAUAUAGUUUGGAUCAAGAAAUGAAGAAAAAUAGUGAAUUAGAAAAAGAGAUUACUGGACUUAAGACACUCUUAAAAAUGCCAAGAAGGAAGUUAAAUGAAUAUGAAAAUGGAGAGCUUAGUUUCCAUGGAGAUUUAAAAACCAGUCAAAGUGAAAUGGAUAUUCAGAUUAAUAUGCUAAAACAUAAGAUUGAUGACCUUACAGCAGAACUGGAAACUGCAUCUUCAAAAUGUCUACAUCUGGGUACAAAAAAUCAAGUUCUUCAACAGGAGUUAUUAUCUAUAAAAGUAAUGCAAAAGAAAUGUGAAAAACUAGAGAAGAAUAAAAAGAAGUUGGAACAAGAAGUAGUGAACCUCAGAAGUCAUAUAGAAAUGAAUAUGAUAGAACACAGUCAAGUAGAGCAGUAUAAACGGGAGGUUGAAGAAAGAGCAAGACAGGAUAUAAUAGAAAAAUUAAAAGACGUCAACCUAUUUUUACAGACACAGGCAGCAUCUCAAGAAAACUUAGAGCAGUUAAGAGAGAAUAAUAAUGCUUCAAUAAGAAGUCAAAUGGAACUCAGAAUUAAAGAUCUGGAAUCUGAACUCUCCAAAGUGAAAACUUUUCAAGAAGAUUCUACUAAAGCAGAGUUGGAAAAAUAUAAGCAACUCUACCUCGAAGAACUAAAAGUUAGAAAGUCAUUGGCAAAUAAACUAAACAAGACUAAUGAGAGGCUGGCAGAGAUCAGUACCAAACUACUGGUGGAGAAACAGCAGAACAGACCUUUACUCAGCACUCUUACUACGAGGCCAGUCCUGAAGCCACCUUGUGUAGGAAAUAUUAAUAAUAGUUUAGUGCUCAGUAGAUAUCUUACUCCAGGAGAAAACUUAGAGAUUUCUACCUCAAGUUCACGCCCUUCACGUGAGAGCAUGGAGAUGUACUUGACCAAGAUGCGGCAGGAGUUGCAAAAUGCUAUAACUAGAGAACUAGAAAAAGAUGCUGCUGAAUGUGAAUCUGGAUCCUAUAGCGCUUCUCCUCUAGGAGCUACUGAUGAGUCAAAUCUAAAUCAAGAUCUAGUUUGGAAAGCAUCACGAGAAUAUGUACAGAUUUUGAAGAAAAAUUAUAUGAUCUAAAAGAUAAAUAGUAAAAGUUUCCCUACUGGGUUGUUUGCAUAACAUUUUAGUUGUUUCCCAUUAAACAUGACGUGAAAAUCUUGAUUAAAGGAAAAUAUUUUUGUAUUAUAUGUGUAUGAUGAA